UGUACACAGGGAAACCGAAGGCUAUUUCAUAGAAGUCUGGCUGAGUGAGGCACGUACAUGUAGCAAGAGAUUCACGGUCACGGGAGGAAGGAGGCACACUAAAUCGUCUUUUAAAGAGUGUAAAAUUGUCCAGGCAGCCCGAUGUUGUUGUAAGUACUCUAUCCAGUUACAUUUGAACAGAGAAACAUAAAAAGCUGGGGUCGGUUAAAAUCCACUCCAGAUAAAAAUCUAACAUCCCCUUCGUGGGCCUCUGACGGCGGGAUUAUUUUUAUCAAUAACAGCGGAAAGGAAAGGCGAGCAAGGAAUAUAUAAACGAUCGGCGACUUGAAAAACCGGGAGAGAGAGGGGUUAUGUUAUGUACUUAUUAAGAAAAAUACAUACAGGGGAUUAAAGAAGAAAUUGCCUGUGAAACUCAUAGACUAACUUAGAGGAUGUCGUCGGUAAACCUGGUUGAACUCGGCCGGGGGCUCUGGAAUACAUCAGAUCUUCUAAGCAGUGCGCUCAUUGGAAAUUAUACCGCGAAAUCCAACCACCGGAUUCUCCAGUACAUUUGGGAUUUACGAAUUGGCAGGGAGGAAUUCUUAGCAUCCCCUCUCUUCCCGGUUCUUCUCUCCGUGGGAUUUUAUUUCUCAUUCUGCACGCCUUUCAUGAUUGCUGAUAUUCUCGGAGAACGGUUGCCAUGGAUUCAUAAAUACAAAAUUCAGCCGGAUAAAGAAGUUACAUUCUCGCAAAUUUACGACACUCUGCAGUUAACUUUCUGGAACCACGUGCUCUUUGUCCUCCCUGCCGCGAUCGGCCAGUGGAUUUGGGCCCCGCCCACCCCUUUGCCACACCUUGCCCCCACUCUAGGGGAAUUUAUCUGGCAUCAAAUCGCCAGUCUGGUCAUCUUCGACUUCCAGUACUAUAUAUGGCACAGUACCCACCACAAGGUACGUUUCCUGUACAAGCAUAUCCACUCCGUACACCAUCGGUACAACAGUCCGUUUGUGUGGGUGACGCAGUACCUCCACCCAUGGGAACUGGUCACCGUCGGCUUUCUGACCACCACCAACUCCUGGUUUCUUCAAUGCCACCCGUUGACCACCUGGAGUUACAUGCUGUUAAGCAUCGUGGUGAGUGUAGAGGCGCAUAUUGGGUACGAGUUCCCUUUCUGUAUCCACAACUGGGAACCAUUCGGAGUGAUAGGUGGUGCCCCGAAACAUGAUAUGCAUCACUUGAAGCCCAUGACCAACUUUCAGCCAUUUUUCAACCAUUGGGAUAAAUUGUUUAACACUUUUUGUCCCUUCAUGAAAGCAGGGGGAGUAAAGACAAAGGCACUUGUGGAGUACGAACGUCGCUACAAAGAAGCUAAGAAAAUGUACUAACAUGAGAAAAUAACAGUGAGUGGUAGUGUCUAAAAUUCCGGGAAAAGAAGGAAGAUGGAUUCAAUCGGGAAUUUCUGGGAAAAUAUGAAGAAACUGUGAAGAUAGAUGUGAUCAGAGCUUGAAGAGGAUCGGCGGGAGGGAGACAAUCAAAUAUUGAAUUUGGAUCAGAAGGAAAGAGAUGAGAAAAAUUUAAUUCUUCAUCUAAAACAGUGCCACAUCUACGCCAAAAUUGUCUCAGUUUCUGAAAAGAAUCCAGUAUUAUAUUUAUAUAUUUAUUCAUUGUUUUACAAGAAUGUGGUUUUCCGCGAUACAUUUGCUGUUUUCCGUGUCAUUAUGUGAGAUAUUUAUCAGUCUAAACUCUCUUGCUUUUAUUUAAUGGAAAAUUUUUAUUCGCGAUUUAACAUGUAUAAGCAGUGCAAUUCAUUCGUUCAAAGCCGACUCUCCUACUAAAUGCUCUUAACCCGCUGUGAUAAAUAUGUAGUGUUGCUUAUUUUAGAAUAUUUUCUUUGCGGAUUUUUCUCAAUGUCACCUGCCUGCCGGAGCCGUUCCAUGCAUACAGAGUCGCCCACAGCUGUCGUGAUUUCUAUAAAUUACCCCCCAUCAACGCAAAAAGACAAACGAGCGAUUAUUAAUAGGCAAAAAAAAAAAAAAAAAAUGGUUUGAACAUCGUUUCAUUAUAAAGUGAUGAAAUGCUACACACGAGCAUUGGUAUUUUGUCAUCCAUUCGUUAUCAUUGAGGAAAAGGUGAUUAUUGUAAUGAUACAUUGUAUGUAAAUCUCGCACACCUUUAAGACAGCAUUAUUAACACAAACAACCUGUUCCGUUUUACAGAGAAAACAUAGGGGUAGGAAAAAUGCCCAUUGCUUUAAUUGGUAAAUUUAAUGAUUUAUUAUACUAAGCAAUUUAUAUUAUAACUUUUAAUACUGAUAUAAGAUUGUAGCAUCCCAUGAUAUAGGUUUUGCCAGAAAACAUGCAUUGCUCGUUGCCGGACUGUGGGAUAUGAAAGUACAUUUUUAAAAUAUUUUUCUGUAAGUAAGCGUCCUUAGUUGUCAGAUUCAAGCCUUAUUCUCACAUGUUUGUUGGUUACAGAUUUCCUGUGGAUAAGUUUUAACAGUAUACGGUUGAAUGUUAAGGAAAUGUUAUCGUUUAAGUUAAUUGGUGACAUGUAAUUUACAAGAUUGUAAAUAACAUCUGUAAAAUGUCGAUGAACUCUCUAGAUUAUUUAUGAUGGAAAAAAACCUGAAUGUUUUUAAUCAGUGUUUAUUCAAAGGGGUGGAUUUUUUUUUUUUUACUGUUUUACUUAACUAUAUUUAUCGUUAUGUUGACAAAUGAGAAGGUUUUUUGUUGUUGUUUUGAUUAUAGCUAGUCUUACACCAGAAGUAUUCAUGUACAUUUAAUCCUAUUACCGUAAUGUGUUUUGAUUUUAUGACAUUGUUUACAACCUAACAGAGCGCUAGGUCAGUAUGUGGGCCACUGUAUCAUUGGGUCAUUGCAUGCUUAUUCGGAAAAUAACCUAUCGAUUUACUAUUUAUAUACGUACCUGCUCAAUACUUUACACAAAUAUUUUAUCAAUGCCAAAAUCUUCACCUUGUAUACAUUGUCAGGAAACAAAAGGUUCAUUGUGUGCAUAAAAUUUCCGGUAUUGUAGACACUAUCAAACCUGUUGCAUUUUCAUGGUGAUUUUUACUAUAUAUAUUGUUUAUGAAUUAAUUGUUUUUAGAUUAAUUGUUUAUGAAGACUCGCAAUGACGUUCGUUGUGCACGGACCGACGCGGGAAAUUGCUUGAUGUAGUGUUGUGGACACGAUUCCACGCUCCCUGGGUAAUUUAAGAAUGACGCAAAAUGCUCGUGCCGAUGUUGAGUUGCCCUGCCGUGGACUACUAGAUUUUAAAGAAACCCAACGCUGUUAUCAACAUUUUUAAUUGAUAAGUUUGUGUUAACACCUGUGUGCUUUGUGAUGACGUGCUGACUGCAGCACUGAGGCAAAUCACUUUUUUUAAAAAAUGUAGUUAAUAUUCGUGUAUUGUUGUUUGUUUUAUUGUCUUUUCAAUGUUUUUAAACCUAGGUUCUUGCUAACAAGGUGUAUAUUUUCUGAAACAGAUGUUGCAGCAAAAAUUUAUAAUUCAAAUGACGCUCUGUAUGUUGGGGCCGAUUAAAUUUUUGCUUUUUCAUGACGAUCAAAAAUUCUCCACACCAAAUGACGUUCACUAUAUAGGAUUGAAUGACGCUCUCAGUGUCGUUUCUAUGUAGAACUGAUAGGAAUUUUUGUGAAGCACUUGGAAUAAAUCUGUUAAUAAAAUGCA